AUUGUGGAGGCAUGCAAUACCACACCAAACUCACUCCCCAAUUCAUCACAUAUACCACAUCCAAUAACAAAUAACAUGAAGCUUACCAUGAACAAGCUUUCCCUCGCCCUCGCCAGCUACCUCAUCCUCUUCCUCGCCGCCGCGGCCACCGCCGCCACCACACGAUGCACGUUCGAGAUCGUCGUCAAGACCGACGGCCGGAGGAACGCCGGCACCGACGCCCGCGUCUCGCUGCAGGUGCGCGCCGCCAGGGGCCCGACGCUGACGGUCGCCAACCUGGAGUCGUGGGGCCAGAUGGCCGCCGGCCACGACUACUUCGAGAAGGGGAACCUCGACCGGUUCAGGGGCGCCGGCGACUGCAUGCCGUCGGAGCCCUGCAACAUGGUGCUCACCUCCGACGGCUCUGGGAACAAGCCCGGGUGGUACGUGAGCUACGUGAUGGUGACGCAGCUCGGGCAGGGGAGACUCCCGUCGAUGACGCACCGGUGGGCGGUGGAUCAGUGGCUGGCCAUCGACGAGGCGCCGCACAUGCUCACCGCCGAGCGGAGGGGCUGCGGCAUUGGCGCGGCGGCACCAUGAUUGGUUGAACGAUCCAGCUAUAGCUCCAUGUCAAUCACCAGUGCUGUAGUAACCUAAAUGAAUAAAUAAGUUGGGCACAGCUAGUGUAUAUGCUUUGCCUAGUGUAACGUGAUGGAAAUAAGUCAAUUCAAUCGGACUGAAUUGCCGCAGUUUAA